UGGCAUGGGUGGAUCAGCGCUGGGUAUCACGUGAUCGCGAAGCUAGCCCUAAAUGUUGGGAUGAAUCAGGUCGUGUUCUGCGUUUUCCGAGAUCUGCUGGCUCUCUCGAUUCUCGCGCCCGCGGCUUUUUUCAUCGAUCGAAAGAUCCGGCCUCCGCUGAAUCGGCGAUUGCUUACGUCAUUCUUCAUUCUGGGAUUAACUGGGAUAUUUGGCAACCAGCUUUUGUUUCUUAUUGGUCUUAGCUACACAAACCCUACUUAUGCUGCAGCUAUUCAGCCCUCGAUUCCAGUAUUUACAUUUAUUUUGGCUGCGAUUAUGGGAACCGAGACUGUGAACUUGCUCACAAAUGAAGGAAGAACGAAGGUUGGAGGGACUAUCAUCUGUGUCUUGGGUGCCAUAUUAAUGGUUUUGUAUAGGGGACCGGCUGUAAUUGGAGAGAUUGACUAUGACUUAGCGGCUAACAGUGAAAUAAGUGCUAGAUCUCAGCCUGAACCAGCUGGAUGGCUGGUUUCUGGUUUGAUUGAGAUGGGUCUGGAACAUUGGCAUAUUGGUGUCUUAUGCUUGAUUGGGAACUGUUUGUGUAUGGCUACUUAUCUCGCCCUACAGGCCCCAGUCUUGGCAAAGUACCCCUCAAGCUUAUCUUUGACUGCAUAUUCGUACUUCUUUGGGGCACUAUUGAUGGCAGUAUCUGGUUUAUUUGCAACUAGUGAUUAUGCAGAUUGGACAUUGACACGAUCUGAAAUGGCUGCUGUCUUGUAUGCUGGGAUUAUUGCAUCUGCUCUUAACUAUUGGCUAUUGACAUGGUCAAAUAAGAUUCUGGGGCCUGCACUGGUGGCUCUAUACAUGCCAAUGCAGCCUGUAGCAUCUGCUUUAUUGUCAAGACUUUUCCUUGGAAGUACCAUUUAUCUUGGAAGCAUUCUUGGAGGGCUCUUAAUCAUCUCUGGCCUAUACCUGGUUACAUGGGCUCGCUUUAAAGAGAGACAGGCAGCCACAGGGAUUGCUUAUAUGAAGGGCAGUUCAGAACUUCCUCGCGAUGAUAUAUCACCCUCGAAGAGAGUUGGCAUUUUCUCUGGCCCAUCCUUGGCAUUUCCUAGACCUUGGGUUGAGUCGCAUGAAUCAUGAAAAUCUUGAACUUCUACUUUGUACUACAUUUUUUUCUUUCCUUUUUUUUCUUUCCUUUUUUCUUUCCUUUUUUAAAGGAUAUAGAGAUUGGACACAUCACACUAGCAAUUAGUACCCUUUCCCGGUGAUUGAUCUAUCCCUCCUUUCAAAAGAAAAAUAGAUUAGGGUCAUUACUCAUGGACCAUUUGCCUUUUUAUCACUCAUUAAACUUCUCAAACUUCUAUCUACACCUCUAUUCUUUACGCGGAACUGUAUGUUACUAGCUUGGCAGUUGUAUUUCCUGAAGACUGUUAGCAAUCAAACAAUAGUGUUUUAUGUCUUUAACUUGAUGAGGUCAAGGAAUCCACAGCAUAAUAAAGGCGGUAAAACCUCAAGUUUCCUCCCUCUGUGGAAACAUGGUCACCAUAGGUUCAGUAAGCAAAGGCAAAGAAGGUGGACAGAAGCCAUAGCAAACAGAAGAGGUAAUAGUCCCCAGUGCUGCUGUACAAGCCUAUCAGGGGACCGAGAGGGUUAGCGUUGACCGAUAAUCUUGGUAUUGUUGCUGGAUUCAUGUAUCAGUGGGGGAUAAUCAUAGUACUCGGUGUGAUAUCCUACUUACAUGUUACAUACUACUAGUAUAUGUACAGCUUGUGGUUUCUCAUUAUUUGGCCAUAUCAGUAAUGUUUGGGUGUUUUUGUGAAUUGCCCCCUUGAAAGUAUGAGAAACCAGCAAAUGAUAGCUGAAUUACUUGAUUUUCUUAAA